CCGGGUGGCUCUAAGCGAGGAAGGUCGCUCCAAAGGAAGACGCUCUUGCGAGGUCGAGGAAGCGGCUGUUGUAGUAGUCAUGAUUGGGUCUCUUUGCCGGCUACCCGCAGCCUUGCGGCUGGCGGGACGCUCACGACCCUCGGGAUAUUUUAUGCAGCAGCUGAGUCAGGGGGGACCGAAUGCCAAUGGCGAGGGCAGUGGGUCGAAGGAAGCGGUGGAGCGACUGGUGCGAGCACAUCCCGUGGUGGUGUUCAUGAAGGGUAGCCCGGCCCAGCCCCAAUGCGGCUUCAGCAACGCGGUGGUGCAGAUUCUGCGCCUUCAUGGUGUUAAUGAUUAUCGUGCCUACGACGUCCUCCAGGAUCCCGACCUCCGGCAAGGAAUUAAAAAUUAUUCCAACUGGCCUACUAUUCCUCAAGUCUACCUCAAUGGUGAAUUUGUGGGAGGUUGCGAUAUACUACUCCAGAUGCAUCAAAGUGGAGACCUAGUGGAAGAGCUUAAGAAAUUAGGAAUUCAAUCUGCACUUCUGGAAUCUGAGAAAGACCGUGGCAAAAAAUAAAAUUACUGUGAUUUUGUCAAAGACAUAUUUUGAUAACUGGCACCGGAAAAGCCUCCUGUUCUUUAGUUUAGAAAAAAAACAGGUUUUGAAUUAAUGAGGUUUUAUUAUUAAGCAUUCUGUUGUCUGUUGCACAGUAUGAUCAACUGAUAUAUGAAUAUUUUUACUUUUGCCAUCCAUUUACAAUACUAUCAAAGUGAAAAAAAAAGCAAUUCACUUCUAUUUUGCACUGCUUCGUAUUUGAUUAGUCAUUUUUUAAUUGCCUUUAUGCUAAGAAUUUAUUCCAGAACAGCUAGGAUUAUUUGUCUUUCAUAAAUAUUUUUUUUUUAAAAAAAAAUUCUUGAGUUAAUUCUGGGGACUUUGGGAUGUUUAACUGCAUUUCUUUCACAUUGCAGAUGAUCUAGCUUCUUUGCAGAAGCACCUGAUGAUAGUGAUGCUCUUCCAACUUGUUAAAAAAACAGUUUUUGACAUACACACGGUGAUUCUUUGGGAAGCUAGGUUGUCUUCUCUCAUCUUAAUUUUUCUUUAUUUUAACUUAAUUAUUCAUAUUAAUAGUAUUGACAUUGUUUCUAUUAAGAGAUAAUGUAUUAAAAGUCGAUAGCAAUAUUUCAGUUGAAAAGAAAACAGGCAAUUUGUUAAAAUUUCCAGAAUCGUCUAAAGAAGAGUGCAAGUUAUAGUUGUUCAUAAACAUUUGAGUUUAAAAUUUGCCCCCUCUCGCUACUUUUAUCUGGUAGGUUGGUGGUUGUAGACUUUUUGCCUUGUAUUAUCCGACUACUAUUAAGAGCUAUAGAUUACUUCUUCAUUUUGACAAUAAAAAAUACUUAAGUUUUAAAAACAGCUUUGAAUGUUGUAUUAAUGAGCUGAAUAUAAGUGGAAAGAGUUAGAUGUUAAAGAUAAAAGUAGGAAAAAGCAACCUCUUCAAACAGCUUUAAGACUUUGCUAGCUUAGUUUUCACUUUAGGAAAGUAAAGUAUGAAAAGAAAGAAAUGUUUAAAAUUGAUUUUCAUUCCAAGGGAAAAAAGCAUCCCAAAGAAACUAAAUAAACUCAAGAUAAUGGUA